CAGCGAACCGCAUUACGGCGAGCAGUUUACAGCGAUCGGCCCGGGCAAUCACGUCGUAGUUGUCGUCGUCGUCGUCGUUGUCGUAGUUGUCGCUGCCCGUUGUUGUCGCGUCAUAUGAAACGGCGAUUCGUUUGAUCGUUUUCGUUGUAUUAAAUUAUUUGUAGUACGCGAGUCGUCGUCGUGUAAGGGAGAAAAAAAUUUAUCAAAACGAUUCGACAGAUCAUCGUAAUAAUUCCGUGUCCGCCUCCAUUCGACUGCGUACGACGCGACGCGCCGUUGUUGUUCUUAACUGCACCACCACACGAUCCGUUGUUUACGAUACAAGCGCACAGACGGCCCAAGACAGCUCCCGUUUGUCCGCCGCCUCGUCGUCAGCCGAUGUCAACUGCAGCACGGCGCUGUAGUCACGCCGCCGUGGUCGGCCGCCGACGUCGCCGCCGCAGAAUCUCUUCCGUGCCGCCGCAGUCUGCCGCCGCCGCCGUUUCGCCUAGGACUAAUAGUCGUAGUCGCUACCACCGCCGCCGCCGUUCCGACUGAACAUCUGACCGACGACUGCAAACUGUACGGGGUGUCAUCGACAUCUUAUGUGGCCAAAUAGCCUGUCAUCUGGAUGCAGCCAGGAGAGCGGCGGGGAGUUGGGCGGUUUCCCUGCUACUGCCGCGGCCGCUGCGUUCGCCGCCGCGGGUGGCUCGGGCGGCGCACCGCCGUCACUAGGCUCGUCAAUGCAGGCCGCCGCCGCCGCGUACCAUCUCAAGAACUCAGCGGCGUCAUCGCCGUACGCCGCCGUCAACAGCAUCGGUCUGAUGGACUCGUUGCAGACCAGCAUGGGCUGUUAUCCAACGGCGGCCGGUCAGAACUACCACCACCAUCAUUCCACCACUCUGUCCCUAUUCAAUCACCUCGGCAACCCGAGAAAACAGCGACGUGAACGAACAACAUUCACCCGGACGCAGUUGGACGUGCUGGAAACACUGUUCGCUAAAACUCGAUAUCCGGACAUAUUCAUGCGCGAAGAGGUAGCCUUGAAGAUCAACUUGCCCGAAUCCAGAGUACAGGUGUGGUUCAAGAACCGGAGGGCUAAAUGCCGGCAACAGGUGAAACAGAACCAGCAGCAGCACCACAACGGCACUGGAGCGGACAAGACGGCGUCGUCGAGGAACAACAACUCGGCCGGCAACAACGGCCAGAAAUCUUCGGGCAAAUCGUCGGGCGGUGGGGGCAACGCGCCGGUCAACAACAACAACAAAAUGUCGCCGACGGUAAACGGCGGUGUGGGCGGCGGUGGCGUGACGAGCUCGACCGCCGGCAACUCGCCCGUGUCCACCGGCACGUCGCUGUCGUCCAGUCGACAGUCGCCGCCCGGCGGUGGAUCGUCAUACAUCAAGCCGAUUCUGACCGGCACGCCGCCACAACAGCCGUCCGCCGUGUACCUCCCGAGUUCCGGUGGUGGAGGUAAUACGCCGGGAUCGAUAUGGAGCCCUGCCAUCACGGAACCACCGCCGGGACUAGUGGACUUGCACCAUCACAGCACCAGGUCGUCUCCAGUAGGCUCCAGCGGAGGCUACUCAACCAACGGCAGCACCGGUGGAAACUGUUAUUCGUCUCAUCACCAUCAUCACCAACCGCAUCAUCACCAUCCACACCAUCAUCACGCGGCGGCGCAUCAUCACCAGAACUACGGUGGUUACUACUCGAACAUGGACUAUCUGGCGCCACCGCCGACAAUGUCGACGCAUCAAACAGCCGAGAAUGGUUCGGAGUCGGCUUGGGUGAAGCGCGAAGAUGCGUCGUCGUGGUUUUACAACUCGGCGGGCUGGGAACGCAAGUAAACAACUGGAACCAGGGCCGGGGCUGUUGCACGCCACCGCCACUGCCUACGUCUGUCUUGCCGCCCGUCAUCCACGGCGGGCAGAGAUGUAUCUUUUCACAGAGCGAUCGACAUAAGUGCAUGUAAAUAAAUUAUCGUAUUCUCGCUGAUGCCGAGGAUGACGGCGGCCAUUACACACAACAGCUGCCCUAAAACCACACAGAGAUUAUACAAUAAUAUGAGAAAUAAAUAUGCCGAUAUCAUAUUAUCAAAUUUUCGACUCGAGUGCUCACGUCAGACGUCAAUAAUAUAAAAAAAUUAUAAUAAUUGUAUUCAGUGUGGAUGUGUGCUCGUUUGCUGCUACCGGUUCAUAGAUCGAUUUAUCUGCAGGAGUAAAUUAUAACGCGUUGUACAGGAUCAACUAGAACAGGACUGACGCAGAAUAAUAAAAUAUUUAUGUUAACGUAUUAUUUAGUAUAACAUGUGUGUGUAAACAGUAACGUGUAUAAAUUACGUAUAAUAAUUACGUAGUGCAGUGAAGCCUCUCUCACAUACACUAUAUAUUUACCAAUAUUAAUUAAUAAGAUUGUUCCAAAUUUCAAAUAGAAUGUUUAGACAGUAAUCUUUACUAAAAGAGUUUUGCCACACAAACACUAACUUAUGAACGUUUUGUGUAAACGUCGACUUAUUUAGGAUUUUUAGUUUACAGGGAAAUCUAUUGAUUUUAUUUUUCAGAGGUUUCACUGCGUUUAUAUUAGUAAUGCAAAUGUCGUGUGUAAAAUAAAUCUUCAGUGAUCUCGUUUAACUUGUUAAUUUUCGAAACAAACCGUUAUUGUCUUUGCAAUAAACCUUCUCCUAUACGCGUGGGUGAUUCGUCAACUUACAUCAGUCAUAUUAAUCGACCGAUUGAAUAGUUUAAGAUUUUAUUUACUUAAACAUCGCAUAGGCAGAAAUCCAUUAAAAUUUCAAGGGGGCUAACAUUUUUAACGUCAAUGUAAGCGGGAGACUUAGCACCUCCCGAUUUCUGCCUACGGCAGAGGAUCUAAAAUAUUCUAAUACCGAUCAAAACGAUAACCGAAUAAUCUGUAAUUAAUGUUUAUUUGAAUUUGUGUACCAGUAAAUCCUAGACUGGUUCCUAAAUCGUGUAAAUAAAAAUAUUUGUCCAAUAGAAGAACACGGGUAUCUCCAAUAUAACAGUAAUAAAAACCAUUUUAGCAAUGUAACCAUUAAACUUUUGUUAUUGAUUAUAAAAUAACAACUUAGGUACUAACACUGUACUAGAUACCUAUGUAUAAGAAAUUUGAAUUUAUUCGAAUACUAGAUGUUUGCCGAUUGUUCGAUCGGUUAUUUACGAGCAAGUCGAUAACCGAUGAUUUAUUAUGAAAUUGCAUAAUCCCCCAGCACAAUACACGACCACCCCUCGGCCACGCCCAUAAACCAUCGUAUGUACACGUACACGAUCGUAUAUUAUGUUAUUGUCGGACGUUAAACCGAACGCGAGCUGAUGUACACACGCUAAUAUAAUAAUAUGACGAUACGACAAGCCAGGGGCGAGAUUUCAGAUUUUCAAUAGGGGUCUGAACACUUAAUAAGCGACCCACUUUUUUUUCUAUCGCCGGGGGAUUUGUAGCGUAUGAUAAAAAGGUUAAAAAGCACAGCUAUUAUACAUCAUUGUCACAUCAUCACUAAUAAUCACUAAAAAUUAACUUUUUAUCCUUUGCUCCUAGCUUGCGUAUAAUUGCCAUAAAUUGAGAUUAGGAAAAUAUUGACAUACGUAGUCGACUCAUCAAUGAUGUUGCUCAAUGAUUGUUUUGCAUAUCCGGGCUACAGGGAAAAUAAGUCACCUGAAUGACGUACCGCGCCUAUAUAGCGUAUUUAUGGGGUUGAAAUGUGUGGGAAAAGUGACUAGAUUUUCUACAAGGAUAGUUGGCGAAUUCAAAUGACAUGCGUUUUUGUUAUUAAUAAAUGUUGUGUAAAAAGAUAGAUGGCAAAGGCCGCAAGUAUAUGAUUUGAUUUAUAAUCGCUUAUACCAGCCCAGGUUAUCAUAAUCAUUUUUCAAAUUCCUAACGAAUACGGCUGUUUGCAAAUUUUUUUUGAAUGUUGUCAUAUCGAAUUUCAAAGAUCAUAAAAAUAAAAUAAUUAGAGUCCGCUCUACGAUCAUAUACAUACAUAAUAGGUAUAUACAUUUUAUAAGAAAGUUGAGAGUAAAAAUUUCUUAGAUUUUAGAUUGUUAAGAACAUUUUAAUAUAUAUUUAAAUAUUUUAUAGCAUAUUAGUCCAUACCUAAUCUAUUUAUACGACUACUGAAAUGGCUUUUAUAAUAUGAGUUUUUUCAUAUUUAUCAUCAAGCCUUCUUCAGUUAUUAUAGAUCUAGUUUUCUGAAUUAUCAAGAUGAUCAAACUACCUAUGGAAAACAAAGUUUAGUAUUUUAUAAAUGUAUAAACCAAAACAAAGUAUUUUUCAUAAUAUUUAUUUAGAAAUUAACGAUUGUGUAUUUUAGCUCAGACAAAAUUAUAACGGUGUUUGUAGGUCGGAUUCUAAAUCUUAUAAAUAAACAACAUAACAUUCGAUAAAACAAUUUUUUCAAAUUUUUUGUGUUUAUUAUUAUUACUACUAUUAUUAUUAUUAUUAUCAUUAUUAUUAUUAUUAUUACUAUAUACGUGUAUAUAUUAUAAAUGGUGUGAAUUUGGGGAGCGAUAUUUUUUUUUAUUUUGAAGGGUUUAGCCCUCCCCCCCUAUAAAGCCAACCCUUAUAUCCGCCAAAACUCUACGCUCUCCAAAACAGCGCCCCUGCACAAACUCGCAGGCCUAUUAUCGAAAAUGGACGGACAAUAAUACCAGAUGUGUGUAACGCGUAAUCUUUUCAGAAACAAUCGAACCGACGUACUCGUCGAGUUUUCCUUCUCAUAUACCUGUAUUUUUUUUUUUUAUUCUUCCAUCACCUUUACUAUAAUAGUUUUUAUAUUUUAUUGGACUGCCUUCAAAACCUUUUAUUUAGUUCUGUACCAAAAACUAUUUCAUCUAUAUUAGUUCCGAGAUUUUUUAACGGUCUUCGAUUCAAAAUCGAAUGACUAUUUGGUUCAUCAAUUAAUUACGUUCAAUAAUUUACGUUUAGUAAUUAUACAAUGGAUAUAACAAAUAUUUUAUUACAAAUCAUUAUAACAGGUGGGUAUGUGAAAAAACACGAUUCUACCUCAUUGGGAACUCGGUCAGCGUCGUGAUUAGCAAUAGAAA